AUGUCAGAUAUUCUUUCCUUUAAGGAUAAAGUUGUUGUAAUUACUGGCUCAGGAGGUGGACUAGGUAAAGCUUACGCUUUAGAAUAUGCUAAACGUGGUGCAAAAGUUGUUAUUAAUGAUUUAGGUGGUACUUUGAAAGGUUCAGGUCAUGACGCUAAAGCAGCAGAUUUAGUCGUUAAAGAAAUUAAAGAUCUUGGUGGCAUUGCUGUUGCAAAUUAUGAUUCUGUUACAGAUAAUGCAUCAAAUAUUAUUAAGACAGCUGUAGAUAAUUUUGGUCGUAUUGAUAUCUUAAUUAAUAACGCAGGUAUAUUAAGAGAUGUCUCUAUUGCAAAAAUGACAUUACAAGAGUUUCAAUCUGUUAUUGAUGUUCAUUUAAAUGGUGCUUAUAAAAUCACUAAAGCAGCAUGGCCUUAUAUGCGUGAACAAAAAUUUGGUAGGAUUAUUAAUACUUGUUCACCUGCUGGUUUAUUUGGAAAUUUCGGUCAAGCUAAUUAUUCUGCUGCAAAAUUAGGUUUGGUUGGGUUUGCUGAAACUUUAGCUAAAGAGGGUUAUAAAUAUAAUAUUUUCGUUAAUUCAAUUGCUCCUUUAGCAAGAUCAAGAAUGACAGAAAACGUUUUACCAGCUCAUAUUUUAAAACAAUUAGGUCCAGAAAAAAUUGUUCCUUUAGUAUUAUAUUUAACUCAUCAAGAUACUAAAGUGACUCAUUCAAUCUUUGAAUUAGCAGCUGGAUUUUAUGGACAAAUUAGAUGGGAAAGAUCUUCGGGACAAAUUUUUAAUCCAGAAGAUUCAAAAUUUUUCACACCUGAAGCUAUAUUAAAUAAAUGGUCAGAUAUUAUUGAUUAUAAAGAUAAAUCAUUUAAUAAGACUCAACAUCCUUUGCAAUUAUCUGAUUAUAAUGAUUUGAUUGGUAAAGCAAAAAUUUUACCAAAGGAAAAUGAUCAAGGUUCAAUUAAAAUUAAUUCUUUAAAGGGAAAAGUUGUCAUUAUUACAGGGGCAGGUGGUGGACUUGGUAAAUCACAUGCUACAUGGUUUGCUCAAUAUGGUGCUAAAAUUGUUAUUAAUGAUAUUAAGGAUCCACAGGUUAUAGUCAACGAAAUUAAUUCCAAAUUUGGUAAUCAUACUGCAAUUAGUGAUACUCAUAAUAUUAUAACUGAAUCACAACAAAUUAUUGAAAAUGCAAUGAAAAAUUUCGGUCGUAUUGAUAUAUUAAUUAAUAAUGCAGGUAUCUUAAGAGAUAGAUCAUUUGUCAAGAUGACAGAUUCUGAAUGGGAAUCUGUCCUACAAGUUCAUUUAUUAGCAACUUUUACAAUGACAAAGGCUGUUUGGCCAAUUUUCACUCAACAAAAGAAUGGGUUUAUUAUUAAUACUACUUCGACAUCUGGUAUUUAUGGUAAUUUUGGUCAAGCUAAUUAUGCUGCGGCUAAAGCUGCAAUCUUAGGUUUCUCUAAAACAUUAGCAGUCGAAGGUUUUAAAAGAGGUAUUAAAGUCAAUAUUAUUGCACCUCAUGCAGAAACAGCAAUGACAAAGACAAUCUUUGGUGAAAAGGAAUUAAAGAAUCAUUUCGAACCAUCACAAGUGUCUCCUCUUGUAGUAUUAUUAGCUUCUGAUGAAUUACAAUCUCAUGUAAAGUCUAAAGAUGGUGUUACUGGUCAAUUAUUCGAAGUUGGUGGUGGAUGGUGUGGUCAAACAAGAUGGGAAAGAAGUUCAGGUUAUGUAGCAUUGAGUAGUGAAGUUACUCCAGAAAUGAUUAAAGAAAAUUGGUCAGAAAUUACAAAAUUUUCAAAUGGUAAAUCCAUUCAUCCUCAAUCCACUAAUGAAUCCUCAAUGGCCAUCUUACAAAGAGUACAAAGAGCUAUUGCCACACAAGGUUCUUCCUCUUCUUCUUCCACCUCUGGUAAAAAUGACGUUUCUUUUAACGAACCUGGUGGAUUCACUUACAAAGACAAGGAUUGUAUCUUGUACAAUCUAGGUUUAGGUGCUAAGAGUAAUGAAUUACAAUAUGUGUAUGAAAAUGACUCCAAGUUUCAAGUGUUACCAACUUAUGCUGUUAUUCCAUAUAUGCAAUCUACAAUGACAUUGGAUAUGGAAUCCUUAGUUGAUAAUUUUAAUUAUGCUAUGUUGUUACAUGGAGAACAAUAUUUCAAAUUGGGGUCAACCAAGCUACCAACAAAAGGUCAAUUAAAAACAGUUGCUAAACCAUUACAAGUGGUUGGAAAGGGAGAUAAAGCUGCCAUUAUUGUUGGUGGGUUUGAAACUUAUGAUGUUAAGACCAAAAAAUUGUUUGCUUACAAUGAAGGAACUUUUUUCAUUAGAGGUGCUAAAGUUCCAUCUUCAAAACAAGUUAUGAACAAGAGAGCACCCUUUGCAACUCAAAAUUUUAAGGCACCAACCACUACAACACCUGAUUUUGAAACUGAUGUUAGCACCGAUAAGGAUCAAGCAGCGUUGUAUAGACUCUCUGGUGAUUUUAACCCAUUACACAUCGACCCCGUUGUAGCUAAAUCUGUAAGAUUCCCUAAACCUAUCCUACAUGGCUUAUGCACUAUGGGUAUUGCAGGUAAAGCACUUUAUGAGAAAUAUGGUCCUUAUGAUGAAAUGAAGGUCCGUUUCACCAACGUUAUGUUCCCUGGUAAUAAGUUGAAAGUCAGAGCUUGGAAGAAUGGAAACAUCGUUGUAUUCCAGGCUGUUGACUUGGACAGAGAUGUCGUUGUCUUAGACAACUGUGCAUUGAAAUUGAUUGACAAAGCCAAAUUAUAA